AUGGAAAUUGAAAAAGUAGCAACAACAGAAAAUGCUGCUGGAUUUACAUUAAAAUGUUCUGAUUUUCAUAUUUCUUAUUCAGUCCAUUCCAUGAUUCAAAUAACAUCAAGUCCAGAUAAUAUGAUACGCAAUUAUUUCCGCUCGUUUUCCCUCACAGGAAAAAAGUUAUUGAGAGAAAUUCAAUUAAAUUUUCAUGAGAAAAGUAAGAGAAUGGGGACGAAAACAACUUCAUUCACAAGUGAUCUAGCAAAUCAAUUUACAUUUGCUACGGAUUUAAUUACAAAACUGUUUUUAAUUACAAUUGAUCCCUUACCACAUUCCCAAGACAUUGUCUCAUGGCCCACAGCAGCCUUCUCAGUGGUGCAACAAGGAAAAGGUUAA